GCCUGUGCUGAGGGAGAGCCUGCCUGCCUUCUUUUAUCUCGGCCAUGGCGCUGCGCGGAGUGAGGGUGCUGGAAAUGGCGGGUCUGGCGCCGGCGCCUCUCUGCGGCCUCAUCCUGGCCGACUUCGGGGCGGAGGUGGUGCGGGUGGACCGCUCUCCCCGCGCGGCCGUGUCGUCGGACGUGCAAGGCCGCGGCAAGCGCUCCCUGGCGCUCGACCUGAAGCAGCCCCGGGGCGCCGAGACGCUGAGGCGGCUCUGCCAGAAGGCGGAUGUGCUCAUCGAGCCCUUCAGACCAGGUGUCAUGGAAAAACUUGGUCUUGGCCCAGAUAUCCUCCUCCAGGACAAUCCCAAACUCAUCUAUGCUAGGCUGACGGGAUUUGGACAGUUGGGAAAAUAUGCCAAGUUGGCAGGUCAUGAUAUCAACUACUUGGCUGUGUCAGGUGUGUUGUCAAAACUUGGCAGAAAAGAUGAAAAUCCUUAUGCUCCUAUCAAUCUUUUGGCUGAUUUUGCUGGUGGCGGUGUUAUGUGUGCAAUGGGCAUCAUUAUGGCACUCUAUGAACGUACAAAAUCCGGCAAAGGGCAAGUCAUUGAUACAAGUAUGGUAGAAGGCACAGCGUACCUGAGCUCUUUUCUGUGGAAAUCACAGACCAUUGGCCUUUGGAACAGAUCUCGUGGGGAGAACCUCCUGGACAGUGGUGCCCCUUUUUAUGAAACCUAUAAGACUAAAGAUGGGAAAUUCAUGGCUGUUGGUGCUCUUGAACCACAGUUCUAUAAGCAGUUCAUCAGUGGUCUGGGGCUAGAUGAUUAUAAUCUUCCUGGUCAGAUGAGUUUCUCUGACUGGCCUGCAAUGAAGAACAUGUUUGCAGAUUUAUUUUCAAAAAAGACCCAAGCAGAAUGGUGUGAAAUCUUUGAUGAUGUGGAUGCUUGUGUGACACCAGUCUUGGCUUUUGAUACUGCUGCUUCACAUCCGCACAACAAAGAACGUGGUUCUUUUCUUAAAAAUGACCAGGAGGAGAUAAGCCCUCGACCGGCUCCACUUCUUUCUAGGACCCCAGCUACUCCUUCUUCCAAAAGGGAUCCGUUUAUAGGAGAGCACACUGAAGAUAUCCUCCUGGACUAUGGCUUUUCCAAGGAAGAAAUUUCACAGCUCCAUUCUCUUAAAGUAAUUGAAUUCAAUAAGCCAAAAUCCAACUUAUAGUAACUUCACAAAUCCAAGAGUCCUACUCCUACAUACUAGUAGGCUAUAUUUUUAUCCCAAUUUGUGCAGUAUUCUUAGCAGGGAGGUGUGUUGGAAAUUAUCCUUUUCAUUUUCUUUUCAAGAGGAUGCUUUGAACGAUAGUGAAAUUCCCAGUAUCAUGCAGCUAGCUAGGCUUUGAAGAAGCUCAUUUCCUCCCUGCCCCUUGAGAGCCAUACAUUUAAGCUGUGAAAAAUGAAGCACUAGCCAGACAAGUUGUACACUGACCAUGUGGAUCAUCAUACAGUGCUGGCACUGAGAAUCACACUAUUGCAAAUAAAGGAUCUGCUUAUCCCAGUGUCCUGCAAAGUGGGGGGUGGGGAAUGUUGGUCUGUUUAUUGAUCGCAUAAAGAAAUUGUUAAUGCCAAGUUGAGGCAGAUUUUCCAGCUGUGUAAAGAAUAAAUAGACUUCUU